AUGGAGUUGUCAACCUUUGCUCCUCCAGAUUGGUUUGUUCUUCCAUUACCUUCUUUAAUGUGGAUGCUAGAUUUAGGUUCCAUACCCACAACUGGAUUGGAUUGGUCGGCCUCAACCUCAGAUGGGGGAGCUUGUGCAGAGCUAGAUUGUCGUACUAGGGUAUUUACUUCCCUGGACAUAACGGUGAAGUUGAUAGGGGGAAAGUCGGUAGAUUGCAUAAAUGGCGAGAUUAUGAGGUUAUGGUGUAUGAGGACAUUAGAGAUUAGGGGAGUGAAGGCUGAUCCCACAUGGUUUGGAGAUGGGGAGGUGUCCAUUGUGGCUCCAGGCCAGAACCAACAACGACUCUGUUCUAAUCGACGAUCUGUAGUGGGUGAACAGAUCUGGAUGAGGGUGGUGGAAAUAUGA